CGGGGCGUCACACCCAGCUGACUGCAACAUGGAAGGAAAGAACUAACUGCCAAAUCUUGUAGCCCGGUACAGGUAGGUACAACGCAAGGUACCUCUGCGUACUUCCCGUCAGGGCGCCUUGCCGCCCUGCCCCUGCCGCCUUUUCUGACCGCCCACACCUAUCUCUACCUACCUACGCUUUGAGUCCAUCCCAAGCACAACUCCGUCCGACACGAGAAACAUCCAGUCCCUUCAUCCAACGAAGUACCCGACCAACCACCUGCUCUCUCUGUUGACGGAUCGUCUAUCGCCUCCGUACCAUUUCACAAACCCGGCGCCGGCCUGUACCUUUACGAUCCAUCUGCAAACCCCACCACAAGGAAGAAACGAAGCCAGAGAUUAUCUCGGCUCCCUUCGAAUAACAAACCCCACCGCAUCUACGAACCUCCUAACGGUUAUCUCCGUACUACCCCUACAUCAUCGCAACCAUGGGCGGCGACGAGCUCAAGGAGAGCGUUUCCCCUGCUCCCAGGGAGAAGUUGGAAGCCCAGAUCAAGAGUGCCGAUAUGACCGAAGAUAUGCAGCAAGAGGCCGUUGAAGUUGCCCAGGAGGCCAUGGCCAAGUUCACCGUUGAGAAGGAUAUUGCACAACACAUCAAGAAGACGUUUGAUGAGCGCAAGGGCCCAACAUGGCAUUGCAUUGUAGGCCGUAACUUCGGCAGCUUCGUCACUCACGAGACCAAGCACUUCAUCUACUUCUAUCUCGGCCACUGCGCCAUUCUUCUCUUCAAAACCCAGUAGGGGCGCGACCUCUUCCGCCGUUUUGUUUCCAGGUUGUAGAAGAAGAAAGAAGGCAGAAAGAAAGCAGCACCAGCAGCAGCAGCGUCGUCAUCAGCAUCUUCAAUAUUGCUUCAUCGCUGGCCCAACGGCGGCCUGGUUUCAACCACGGUUCAUGAGAUCUUCGCCGUCAUCUCUAUCUUGUGCUGCGAUUUUUUCUUCGUUUUGGCUUUUCUGAGAGCGACAGGAAAUGCAACGGCGGGCGCCCCUUUGACUUAGUAGGCCAUCACAGGACUAAAGGGGCGUUGACUGUCAUGUCCGAAGGGGAGAUUCAUCACAAAAGUGGGCCAUAUCGAUACAUAUCACAUACAGCAUUACUAUACCAUAUCUUAGUACCAUACCAUGUUUACGAAUAAUCAAGAUAUCUUCAUGAUCAUCGGGCUUAGACCACAAGGAGGGUGAUAUGAGCCGGGAGGGGGAAGAAAGUCGAAAAGAGAAUAGAGGAAUGGAUGGGGUUCACAAAGAGAACUUUGCGAGUGUCUGCAUCUAGAGAAUCGAUCCUUGACCAAAGCCUGCUAACUGAAACCGUUUGAUCAUGCAAGAAGACAAGGAAAGACAGUAUAAGACGAUCAAGUUGAAGCUUCCGGCUUGGUGUCAAGCAUCUGGUCGAACUUUGUUGACGCAUGGUAGGAAAUUUUCUUGGUGAACUUCCCAGUCGCCAUUGCCCACCUUUGUAGUAUACCACUGAAGGUGCCAUCGACUAUCCACACAGGCGUCUAGCGUAGUGCUUGAUGCGA